AUGUCACAGCCAGACGCAAGCAAGGUCUCAGAGAGACUUGCACCGCCAUCAGUUCAGGACACGCAAAGGAUGAAGCGAGCCCGCCCUCCUUCACCAAAGUCGCAUGCACCAGGCGUGGAAAAUUCACGCUUUUCCCAGGGUUUGAGCGCGUCGAUGCCAUCGUCGGCUGCUGAUGCUCACAGCUCAACAAGCUGGAGUCCUUCUUCCAGCCGUCUGCACGGUCUUAGUUCUAGCUCCCCUGACUCUGUUGAGCCCCCACGAAAAGGUCCUCGAUUAGAGCCACGCGCUUCCUCGCAUGCAGACAUAAUGUCGGAGUACCAGCCUCUAGCCCCGCACGCCUCUAUUGGUCAGCGUCGAGCUCAAAGAGCACCCAACAAAGUUCCCAGCCUGUAUUUAUCGUCUAAAAGUAACGAUCGCUCAACCUUGUAUGAUCAUGAUGUGCCUGAACCAGCGAUUCGCAGUGCACCUCCGCAACAGCGCCAAUUCGGUCCCGAUGCACGGUUGCCACCUCCCUCAUUUCUCUUCAAGGCCAGUGAGCGGGAUAUGUCCGAAAAUGAGGAGCUGCAAAAGCACCGGCAUUUACCAUAUCAGCCACACGAAAUUCACGGAUAUUUGCCGACACCCGGCGGUACGCCCCGUCUUUUUUGUCCCCAGUACAGUGCGCUCCCAUCUCCUGCUUACCACACGUCUCGGAUAGACCCUUACGCUGCCCGUUCAACCCGGGAGCGCCACAGCAUUCAAUACGAGCUGGCACGCCGGGCUUCCGAUCCUCAUGCUGAAACUGACUUCGGAACUGCUCGACCUCGUUCGCCAAUCUCGAAAAAGGCUCACUUCCUGUCACUCUUUUCUGACUUCUUCGACUCCUUGUCAGACAGUCGAACUCUGAAAGCCACAUUAGAGCACCAAAUUCGGGCAAGUAAUACCCUCCUGCAGACUCUGCAGCGGUCAAGUGAGGUUCUUGAAGAGGCUGUCGACCAACGUCUUCAGCGGGAGACGAAAGCGUGGGAAUCACGCUUUAUUCAGAUGGAAGCCCGGCUGAAGCAAAUGGAGGCACGUCUCGAUACACAAAUGCAUGAGUAA